UUAAUAUUGUGAAUACAAUCUAUAAGUAAACGAGGUGAACAGAUAAUAAUUUCCUGGAUUAUAUUAUCAGUUAUUCAGUCAGUGUUUAUUUGCAGUAUAAUUAGCUUUGUUGGGAUAAUAGCGCCACCUUGAGGUCCCCUAUGUUCUGUGCAUGAGCAUACUCUGAUAGGUCAUCCAUUAACUUCCCUUGCAGUCAAUGAUUAUCGAUUUCCAGUGACUGAUCCAAAGUUCAACACAAAAACACCACACAGGAGGAACAUCAUGGCUGUGAAAACACUUUCCUGCAGAGUUUUAUCCAAGCUUUUCAACCACGGUGUGAUCGCUUCAACUAACCCGCUCAGUGCACGAGAUGCAGCAGCAGCAGCAGCAGCAGCAGCAGCAGUGCUGGGACGGAGCUCCGUGCGAGGCUACUACAACGCCGGGAAGCCCAGGCACACCGGACCGGGCGGUGCGGUUCAUGCCCGGGUGGUGGAUCUACGCAGCGACACGGUGACCAAGCCCGGGCCGGCGAUGCGGCAGGCCAUGGCGGAGGCCGAGGUCGGAGAUGACGUGAUGGGAGAGGACCCAACUGUUAACGAGUUACAGAAGAUUGCAGCCGACAUGUUUCAAAUGGAGGCUGCACUGUUUGUUCCCACUGGAACAAUGAGUAAUCUCAUCGCAGUAAUGGUGCACUGCAGGGAGCGAGGAGACGAGAUGAUCGUGGGCGAUCUGUCCCAUUUGCACAUCUAUGAACAAGGAGGGAGCGCACAGCUGGCUGGUGUCCACGCCACCACGGUGACCACGCUCCCCAAUGGAACUUUUGACUUAGAGCAGCUGGAAUCGAAGAUCCGCCAUGGUUACCCCGACCCCCACUACCCUCGCACACGUCUCAUAUGUGUGGAGAACACACACAACAUACAGGGAGGACGUGUGCUACCACUGACCUUCCUGCAGGAGGUUCGUGCUUUAGCAGACAGAUAUGGUCUGUCAGUUCAUAUGGACGGAGCCAGGGUGAUGAACGCUGCUGUGUCCCAGGGGGUGCCACCAUCUACCAUACUGCAGCACACACACACUGUCAGUGUGUGCCUCUCCAAGGGUUUGGGUUCCCCGGUGGGAACCAUGCUGGCUGGACCCCGAGACUUUAUAUCCCAGGCAGUACGGUGCCGUAAAGCUCUGGGUGGGGGGAUGCGGCAGGCUGGUAUACUUGCAGCAGCUGGAAAGAUGUCUCUACUGGAGAUGGUGGGACGACUGGAGGAGGAUCACCGCAAUGCAAAAACCUUUGCUCAAGCUCUGCUCGACUGUGACCCUCUCCUGUUCAAUGUAGAGAUGGCUGCCGUGGAGACAAACAUCCUACGUUUCUAUCUACAGGAGUCCAGUUUAAGUCCCUCUGAGUUUUGUGCCCGCAUGGCUCAGGUUGGCGAGGGAGAGGAGGCCGCACUGGGACAGGGGAUACAAGUUCUCAUGUACCCCCAUUUUGGGAAUUCUGUCCGGGCUGUAUGGCAUCUUGGAAUAUCCCAUGAAGAUACCCAGCUGGCCAUCCGGAAAAUGCAGUUUGUUGCUUCUCAGUACUCCAAGGAAAAACUUAGGGCCCAGUGAAAACCUGAUACUUCCCAAAAAAGAUCUAAUCUGAUCAUUCGGACUGAUCAAAGACUAAUCAUGAAAAAGACUCAAGGAUGGCAAACAUAGGACAAAUACAACUGGAGUCAUUUUGACUUGUGGACAUCUUUAUAUAUUUAAAUAUAAAUUUAUUGAUUAAAUUCAGUGAACCACUA